GCGACGUCAUGUUCCGCAUCAACUGAUACUACAAAAGCCCAUUAUUCUCUCCAGGAACAUUCAACGGUCUCGAGAAGGACCAAAUUGGACUUGUACAUUCAAUUCUGCGUGUUCCGCUACCAAUACAGAAACCCAUCCAACUCCGCGCGACUCGGAGCUCCGCCUGUGAUUGAUCCGGAACGGCCGUACCUCGAUCGAUCCUAAUAGAAUCCAACGCCUCUUAGUUUUCCUACGUCGUCGUAUACUAUACUACCGUCGACAAUAUGAGCAGCCGCGAACCUCUUCCCUCGUCUUUCGACGACCAUCCUGAAUUCAAGGAGGAAUCGUCUUUUCAAAAGUUCACCAGAAGACUCAAGGAGGAACCCUUGAUCCCGCUCGGAUGCGCCGCAACAUGCUACGCCCUAUACCGCGCCUACCGCUCAAUGAAAGCCCGUGACUCUGUGGAAAUGAACCGGAUGUUCCGCGCCCGUAUCUACGCCCAAGGAUUCACCCUCGUCGCCAUCGUCGCCGGAGGCAUGUAUUUCAAGACGGAACGUCAGCAGCGCCGCGAAUUCGAGAAAGCAGUCGAGGUACGGAGGUCCCAGGAGAAGCGCGAUGCGUGGCUGCGGGAACUGGAAAUCCGUGAUAAGGAGGAUCGGGACUGGAGGGAGAGGCAUGCUGCUAUGGAGGCGGCUGCUAAGGAAGCGGAGCGGAAGGGGGCUGCUAAGGCGGCGCUUGAGCAGGAUACCGCUCGGUCUGCUCUGGAGCCUGGUGAUGAGAAAAGGUCGCUUGGGGUAUUAGAUGCUGUGAGGGAUAUGGCGUCGAGGGGGGGGUAAGGUUGAAAUGGGUUGGGUGGAUUGAUAUGGCAGACUGAUCUGUUUGGUUGUUUAUAUCAUUGUACAUGUGUUGGAUCUUCUAGAGCAUUGAUUCCCUUCUCUUUAUGUGUGUUUAUGUCUUUCUGCUUUGAUUGCAAGUUGUUCUGAAGAUAGCUCCAUCGAGACGCACCACAUUGUAUCCAGGCCGAUAUUGAGCCAGCUAAUAUCCCCACAACCCUUUUCCCGUCUGGGUAUUUGAAUUGCCCUUUAAAAGUGAAAGUCUACCUCGGUCGGCUGUCUAUAUAAGCUAGGUGGAGUAGACAACAACCUCUUGAUCUAUCCCCAAAGACACUUGAUUUAUCACUU